CUCUUUUGACCUUUACAUUCUUUUUUUUUAUCUUGGGUUUUCCAGUUCCACUCUUUUACUGGACGAUUCCAGCCCACUCUUUUCGCGUACCUUAGGACGGGUGAUUUCGCUAGUCUAUCCACCAGACAGACAUUCGUCGUAUAGCAAUCUGAUGCUCCUUGGACCCCCAGUCUCGAAUCACUCCUUCUAGUCGCGAAGAGCUAUAUUCUCUUCGUCAGUAGAGCUGCCUAGGCCAGCUACGUCUUCUUUCGACACUUUCUACCACUUCAACGCUUCUGUGACGGCGCUCACCGGUCAGCUUUGCGUCUGGGUAGUGAAUCCCAGCCAAAGCGCUUCCAUUCCUUUGAUUAGACACGAACCCUCUGGCGCUUGACGCACUGGAGAUAUUUCAGACCAUCCACGACUGUCGGCCGGAUCGUCAUCUUCACCCUUUCCCUCGUCAGCCAGUACCGAUCCUGGCCAUAUCUCCUUUACUCCACUUUCACUCUUCACUCGAUCCCUGCAAACAUGUCUUCGAUAGACACUCCCGCCCCGUCGACCGUGUCGACUUCCGCGACUGCGGCUUCCCACCCAACCACGUCGCCCUCAUCGGCCACCUCGACCCCUUCCCCGUCCACUUCGAGUGCCACCACUGCUCCCUCGACAUCAGCUCGACGUCCGCAGCGGAAGAGCACCCUUACGCAGCAGCAGAAGAAUAAUAAGCGUCAACGGGCGACACAAGACCAGCUAGUACUUCUGGAGAUGGAAUUCAACAAGAAUCCCACCCCGACGGCUGCCACGCGAGAAAGAAUCGCCCAGGAAAUCAACAUGACUGAGCGCUCAGUUCAGAUCUGGUUUCAAAACAGGCGCGCAAAGAUCAAGAUGCUUGCGAAGAAGAGCAUCGAGACCGGCGAGGGCUGUGAUUCAAUUCCCGAGUCAAUGCGCCAGUACUUAGCCAUGCAGUUCGAUCCCAGCAAACCCGGUGCUCGAGACCCCUUUGGCCGAACUGGCGGAUACGGAGCAAAUGGUGCAUACCCUAAUGAGCCAACACCUUCAGGCAAAGUUGUGAUCCAUCACUUUACCUGUCGAUCCCUGACAAUUGGCAGCUGGAGGCGGAUCGGACAAAAUGCCAUGGACCUGGUUGUUUUCUACUCCCCCGAGAAGGCGUGCAUGACCUACUAUAUCAACAACGACGCAGCCGGAUACAAAAUCGAAUAUCCCUUCUCCUACAUCAAGAACAUUACACUUGAGUCGGGCGAUCAAGGACCGCAGCCCAACGGUGCGCCUCCACGGCCUACUGGUCUGGUCGUUGAAUUGAACCGACCGCCCCUCUUUUACAUGGAUUCCUCCAACUCGGGUGGUUUCUACCAGUGCGGCGACUUUACGGAAGACCAACAAGCUAGCUCGGUAAUGAUUCAUCGCCUUGGCGGACACCCCAAGGUUCUGAGCGUUCAACUUGCAAAAUUGGUGUCUCUGGAGUCUUUCCAGAACCGUCUCGCGUAUGGCAACUUCCCGGCAAACAACUCUAUGUCGCCGCCUUUCAUUCAACGCCCAGCUUCGCAGCCAAAUCAAUUCGCCCCUGCUUUUAUGAGUAUGUAUGCGGAGAAUCCGGCCGUGAUGAACCUCCAAGCUGCCCGUGGACACAAGCGUCAAAGAAGCCGCUCCGUUCCCGUGGCUAUCGAUUUCUCCGCACUAGGAGCGCCAAUGACCCAGUUCAGCAUGCCACAAGCUCAACAAUUCAGCCAGGCUGAUUCGGGAAUAUACGCGCCUAUACCCCAGUCGACACACUCACUUGCUGCGAACCUCCGCAUUGAUACCUCUUCUGGAUAUGCCUUCGACCCGCGUGCACACCCCAUGUCGGCUACUACAACUGCGUCUCCGUCCGAUUUGGCUAGCCCUGCCCUGUUUAGCGCAGGACCCCAAGGGGAUUCGACUCCGGUAGGGAGUGUAGGAGCUCAGUUUACUUUGCCCUAUGUUUCGCCCGCUGUGGACUCAGGCGUAUCCACUCAAGCAGCUUCCCCAUACUCGAAUGUAAGCCAUGUUGAUCCUAUGAUCGCGAACCAUUCGCCUCCUUUGACAAAUAUGUCGCAUACUCCGCAUGACGUGUACGGCAUGGGAAGCGAACACCAACCCAGUUACACAGAGGAAGGUAUGCCAAUGGGCGGCGGGAUGUACAAACACAUAAACUUCUCGUCGGUGCCUACCACAGUGGGCCUCGAAGGCAAUGCAUUUGACUUGCCGAUGCACUCCAUGUCUGGGCAUGCUUCGCCCGGCGUCCAGGGUGACUAUCAAGGAAUAGCACUGGAAAAUGUCGAUCCGAAUGUUUUGACUCCCGGCUCUUGAGUGGCUGAUUGAGCUCAUUCCGCUUGUUUUUUCCCUACUCACGCUAUCCUUAUUGGGUUGUCGUUCCUGGAAAAUGGAACAACCAGAGCGCCUCGCGUCCCGGAACUGACCGGCUAGCAUCAUUUAUUGAAGCAACUCCAUCUAUUAUGGAAAUAUCGGCUAUGUGCCGAUACUUCGUCUUUUGGCGAAGAGGGAUAUAUCUCUGUUUGCGACAUAUGUUCCGAACAUAUUCAUUUUUUUUUCUCGUUGUAUUAAUAUCCUUCUACUUCGCGGCCGGCCCUUAGCGAUUUCUUAAAGCCCACACAGUGGCAUUUCUUAUCUUUCUUUCUUACUUUCCCCUCUUCUGUUUACCAUUUUGCCUUUUGCCCUUGGCCUUUUUCUUUUUUUCUUUUUAUUCCUUUACCUGGUCGGGCAUUUAACGCGGUCAUGCAAGAAGUCGGACUAAGAUGGCGAUUCCCUUUUGAUUUACAGGUCGGCGGGUUAGGAUUUGUUUGCAUAUUCCCUUUGUGAUUGAUUGUGAUUGAGCCUCCAUUUCCUUGUGCAUUGCCCUGCUUCUAAGUAUCUAUGCUUAUAGGAGCUGAAAAUCUCCUGCUGCGAGUGAGGUCAGUAAUUAAUCCACAGGUUUCACUCACAUUAUCUCUAGAACCCAUAAAUGUACAGAGAAUAUCAUAGU